ACAUGUUUUUUUCCCCCUUUAGUCGGAAAAAAAAUUGUAGCUUAUGAAUGAUUGAAAUAGUUUGUCUAACUUACGUCGUCUUCAGACGAGAAUUUGACCUUUAGAGUUAAGUUAUUUACCGGUGUCAUACGUUCGUUCGACUCCAGAUUAUCCGCUUCUAUUACCCAGCAUGCUUCGCUUGUUGCCGUCUGAUGAGAAGGAGUGACUGUGUAGAAAAGAGUCGGCUAGCUCCAUUUGACACUCACCUACUUAUUGUUACUAUGCAUUUUGAUCGCGUGGAGUAAGAAUAAGAGGCAAAAUAAUAAUAUCUGGAGAAGGCGAAGUCUGUUGUUGACGACUCUCCAAGCGAUGCCUCUCUUCACGACCAACCCCUUUGACCAAGAUGUUGAGAAAGCAACCAGUGAGAUGAACACAGCUGAGGACUGGGGCCUCAUCCUGGACAUAUGUGAUAAGAUAGGACAGUCCCGCACUGGGCCAAAAGAAUGUCUCCGCUCUAUAAUGAGAAGAGUGAACCACAAGGAUCCCCACGUAGCCAUGCAGGCACUGACCCUUCUUGGCGCUUGUGUCUCAAACUGUGGGAAAAUUUUUCACUUGGAGGUGUGCUCCAGGGAGUUUGCCAGUGAAGUCAGUAACGUCUUAAACAAGGGUCACCCAAAAGUGUGCGAGAAGCUGAAGGCCCUGAUGGUGGAGUGGGCCGAGGACUUCCGCAAUGACCCUCAGCUCAGUCUGAUCUCUGCAAUGAUCAAGAAUUUACGCGAACAAGGUGUCACCUUCCCUGCAGUGGGUUCCCAGGCUGCAGAGCAAGCGAAAGCAAGCCCAGCAUUAGUGGCGAAGGAUCCUUCAACCUCCACAAACAAAAAAGAAGAAGAAGACUUGGCCAAAGCUAUUGAGUUGUCGCUGAAGGAGCAACGUCAGCAGCUGCCGACCUCCUUGUCGAGCCUUUACCCGAGCACAUCCAGCCUGCUUCCUACACACAAGUCAGACGGCAGAAAAGUGCGCGCCAUCUAUGACUUCGAGGCUGCCGAGGACAACGAGCUCACCUUUAAGUCGGGCGAAAUCAUCACCAUUCUUGACGACAGUGACCCCAACUGGUGGAAAGGAGAAACAUACCAGGGUGUCGGGUUGUUCCCAUCCAACUUCGUCACUGCUGAUCUCACAGCAGAGCCAGAGAUGAUGAAGACAGAGAAGAAGACUGUACAGUUUAGUGAGGAAAUCCAGGUGGAGACCAUUGAGCCUGAACAGGAACCUGUAUAUAUAGACGAGGACAAAAUGGACCAGUUACUGCAGAUGAUCCAAAGUGCWGAUCCAACAGACAACCAGUCAGACAGUAUUGAGUUACUGCAGCUGGAAGGUGCCUGUAAUCAGAUGGGACCCCUGAUUGACCAGAAGUUGGAGGAUAUCGACAGGAAGCACUCCGAGCUGUCAGAGCUGAAUGUGAAGGUGAUGGAGGCUUUGUCUUUGUACGCAAAGUUGAUGAAUGAAGAUCCAGUUUAUGCCAUGUAUGCCAAGUUGCAGAGCCAGCAGUACUACAUGCAGCAGCCUGCCAGUGCGGCGCAGCAGGUCUACCCUGGUCAGCCUACAUCGGGUUCAUAUGCCAUGAGCAGUCCUGCGGUUCAAGGUUAUGCUGUCCCUGUGGAGCAGCUCUCUGCUGGAACUCUGCCUGCUCAGCCAGCUCCCGGUGACGCCCACAUGUACAUGGGCCAGCCGCCGGUUUACACCGCAGCGCCCGGCUCCAUGGCCCCAGUAGACGUUCAGUCCUACCCGAAUCCAGCCAGCGCCGCAGGCCCCGCGCCGUGCCCGACACCCGCAGGCAUGACGCAGACACCAAACUACAGCACCCCCUCCGCCACGAGCUUAGCACCUCCCUCAGACGCCCCGCAAGCCCCCUACUCAGAAAAGGCCUUACUAUAGGGCAUCCAGACUUCUCCUACAGUAAAGAAACAACAUCAGAACCACACUCAGUUUAAUAAUUCUCCUUUUUUUUAAUUAUUUUGAGGCAACGGAUGAUUGAAAAUUUGCAAACAGUAGGUUAACACUGGCAUUCGGUGCACUUUGUGUUUUUAUUUGGCAGAUCUACACAUUUACUUCUGUCUGAAGGUUAAAAUGGUUUAUGAUGUUUCAACUUGAAGUCUUGAGAAAUAGUCUUACUUUAUACAGAAUUAUGUUUGCACCUUUCGACUCCUUAUGCUUUUCUUACUCAGACAUCAAGACAUGCAAAAAAACACAACCUGGAUUUUACAUGAUUUGUACUAAACAAAGGUUUAACAGCCGUGCUAAAGAAAAAUUAUUUAGAUGUUUUUCUCAUAUUGAAUGAUACUUACUUGAGGACUGAAUCAGCAUAUAAUUUAGAUUAACAAUUUCUGGAGUAUUCUUUUGUUAGAAUUGGUACAAAAUUCUUAUUCUAAGAGUUUAUCUUAAUGAUUAAAGCUGCGGCAGUCCUGUUUUAACACAAAGCCAUCUGAAGGAGUGAACAAGCAUAGUUUGCUAUACAACCCAAUUUUUUUUCUUCAAUCRUGUCAACAGACUUUCCUGCACACCACCGUUAAUACACACACUGAAGCAACACACACGUUGGACACUACAGAUGAACAAAUAUGGCUGCACUACUGGCUUCCCACUAAAAUAAAUCCACAUUGUGCCACAGUCAUUUCAUGCUCUAAAACCAACUGCAUUGCUAAUUAUGCUACAAAAGAGGUGCAGAGUUUUGUUUACUCUUUUAUUGUAAUUAAAUAAAUUAAAAAACAGGUCAGUUAUGAACUUUACUGCUAUCUUUUACACAUCGUUAACUUUGAGUACUGAGAACUGAAGCCACUUUGUUUUUUUUCUGGAGGGAAAAGAAACGUCACUUUUGUAAAUAACUGUACUAAAGUAGUGAUGUCACAUCAUGACCUCAGAAGGUGGGCUGUAUGUUGGUACAGCCUUAGGUGUCCUCCUGCAAUCAGUGCAUGCCCCCGAUCAGCUAAAAAUGUAAUUAUCCACACAUAUCUUUAAAAAAAGAAGCUUUUAUUUCUGCUUCUUUUUUCAUUCUGCAAAAACUCCACCUGUKUGUUUUUUCAUCAUGUUUAAAAUGCAGCUGUCUAUCAGGGCUGUACCAACAUACUGUAUGCACCAUGAACUUGGCUCUAAGGGGAAAACUCUGUCAUCCCCAGUGUCUUUAAACAUCUCUUUUAUCAUUGUUAGUGGGGUUUUUUUGUGUGUAGGUCAUUCUAAUUUAUAAUUAUUAUAUUUUAAAUAAGGUUUUGCGGGAUGUAUGUAUUCAAAGAGCAGUGUGCGAUAUUCUGCCUAACUUAGUUGUAUAUUUAAAUUGCCAUGUUUAUUGUACUGUAGAACGGACUGAAUCCCAACUUUUUUUUCCCUCAGAACUGUGAUAACACUAAAACAGAACUGAAAAUGGCUGCUAUGAUUGUGGUCAGCAUAUGUGUAAAAAAAGGCAAAUUUAAAAACUCUAAUCUUGUUUUUAUAACCUGAAGUAACAUCUGAAGUAUCAGGUAGCCUCGUCUCAUCCUACAUAUGAUGUUGCACUUAGUGGAUUUCUGGUUCUGAGUAUUUUUCAUUAUUUGUAGAGAGUUUUGGAGACAAAUAAAUUGAUCUUAAAAAAAGAUAGGAUUGCAAUAAGUUACUGAAAUGAAGAAAUAAAACUGGUGUAUAUAUUAUUGAAGGACGCUUCAUGAAGGAAUUAAAAAGGAAUUGAUUUUGCAGCCAGGGCAAUUCUCAGUGCUCAUCUGACAGAACUGUCUUAUUGUUUGUUCUUCAMUUAUCUUGUUUCAAAUGUGUUGCAUCUUGUCAWCCCUGUGCCGCCUUAAGAAUAUGAYGCCUCCUAAGUUGAGCUUGGUAUUUGGGGUUUUCUAAAACUUGCUUUAAUCAUUAAUGUAGUCGAGUCAAAGCUGGUCAGUUAUUAUUUUGCUGCCUUCAAUUUAAAGCAAGAAAGUAGUAAUAUGUUCAUUCAAAGAGGGUCAAAAAGCAGUAGCUACUACUGGACAGUCAGACAUGGGGGUUUUCUAAUCAUGAUCCAAAUGAAACAUAACGCACCACUGUGUUGGACUGCAGCCCCGGUGUAACUUUUUCUUUCUGUACAAGAUUGAGAUGCUGCCUGUUUUUAAGUUUUAAGCCAACGUUAUUGUAAAAGUUCUGUCUACAACUUGUACACUGCUGUUUCUAUGUAUUCUUUUAACCAAAUCUAAUAGUUGGUAUUCACAAUAAAACCAGGCCAAGUGUACAGAGUAAAAA